AUGCCACCAAUUCCGAUCUACGCUGAUGCGCCCAUCUCGGCAGCAGCCAAAGCAGAUGGUAUAACUCCUCAGACAGCACCCACUCCAACUCGCACGACCGAUCUGCCAGCAACCACGACUACCACGAGUAACAGCAACUAUCCCGCCGCUCAACCUGGUGCUGCGGCUGGUCCUGCACCUACCGGCAGCGUCUCGAGACCACCCCCACCACCACCAACUAGCACCAUCCCUACGAACCCUCAAACCAAUGGACCACCAGCUCCCCAGCCCGGAGCCGUGCCUAUGCCAUCUUCAACAUUCGCUCAGUCCAACGGCUACGACUCCAACAGUCCAGCUGCUCCAAGAGCACAACCCUUGCCACACCAACUCAACAUUCCACCACCUCCCACAACCGGCCAAGCCACCCAUAGCACAGCUACUGCAGCAUCACCAACCUCACCUACCCGUCGUCCCGUAACCCUGCCAAUGGGCCUGGUAUCGCCAACAAUGCACAGCCGACCCCAAAGCAUCUCUUCACACCCACCAGGCUACCAACAAAACCCAUACGCCGCAGAAAUGACCUCUGCCCAGCGAGCCAGCCUCGAAGCCUCGGAGCAAGCAGAAAGAGGUCGCAGAUCCGGUCGCAACUCCAUUAGUGAAUGGAUUAAUGGCGAGGGUGAUAACUUUGGCAGUCCGACCACUGGUUCGAGCGUGUAUGACACUGUCUCGGGCUAUGCUUCCAAGUUGGGCCAAUGGGCUGGCAAGGCCAAUGAGUUUGCCAGCAAGAAGCUUGGAUAG